AAUCGCUGAACUCCUUCCAAUUAAGCUAUCAAUUAAACCACUAGUUACGGCUAAUACCCGAGUCUCCUAAUACUUGCAGUCGCAGGAGAGUGAGCACGGAAAGAUGGCUGCUUCUCUCCUGGCUAGUUUUGUUACCUUGUCGUGCCUCUUCACCGUGAGCUUCUGCUUCCAAACCAAACGCUUUUCUCUGCCGAUGGCCGGACGUGACUGGUCGCCGGCCGGAGCAACUUGGUAUGGAAGUCCCCAGGGAGCCGGAAGUGAUGGGGGAGCUUGUGGAUAUGGGAAGGCUGUGGAAGAAGCCCCCUUUUCUGCCAUGAUUUCCGCUGGAAGUCCUUCUAUCUUUGAGUCGGGCAAAGGAUGCGGUUCUUGCUAUCAGGUGAGGUGCACCACCCACAAGGCAUGUUCAGGGAAGCCGGUGACGGUCGUGAUCGCCGACUUCUCGUGCCCCGUCGGUGUAUGCUACAAAGAACCCGCUCAUUUCGAUUUUAGCGGCACCGCGUUUGGGGCGAUGGCCCUGCCGGGCAUGGCCGAUGAGCUGCGGCACGCUGGAUACCUGCAUAUCGAAUACUCGAGAGUUGCAUGCGAGUAUCCAGGCAAGACGAUCACCUUCCAUGUGGGAACUGGUUCCAAUCCCUACUACCUCGCAGUGGUGGUGGAGUUCGAGGACGGAGACGGAGACUUGGCUGCUGUGGAUAUUAAGGAGGGUUCUGGUGAGUGGCGCCCCAUGAGACAAUCAUGGGGUGCGGUAUGGAGGCUCGACCCUGAAUCGGCGCUCCAUGGGCCAUUCUCGAUUCAGUUGACGUCGAAGUACUCCGGCAAGAAGCUGGUCGCCAACAACGUGAUUCCGGAGGGGUGGAAGGCGGGAGCCACCUACCGGUCUUUUGUCAACUAUAGCUAGCUAUGAGAAUACUUAUGUAUGUCUCCACCUACCAUACUAUAUAUAUGGAGAGAGAGAGAGCGCAUGCAGUCGCUAAGCAUGCCUGUGUAUGGUUCUAUUAUUGUACUUCUAUUUUGAUGAUCCGAGUGAUCUAAUUAAUAUUAAUGGAUCGGUGAUGGGUUAUGUUUA